GAGUCGCGAGAAGAGAGGAGGCUUCAUGGCGAAUAAAACUCCACGCCCCUCUCUGUCGAGCAUCCAUUUACUGAGCAGCUGAUGCCUGCUGCCUCACUGGAUGCGUACAGACUCAGCAGUAAGAAGAAAACCUAUGGUGUACUGGGUCUCGUGUGGAUUUGGACAGAGUAUACAAAGAGUAUAUCAUUCUUGUCACCGUGGAGAAGACUAUUUGGAAGACACUGGAGCAUUUCUGAAGAGGUUUGUUGCAUCAUUUCAGCAAAAAUGAUCCACAUUGGAUGUAUUUAACCUCAAAGGAAAGGAGUAUUUAUACCUGAGGCGCCUCUCUGCUGUGGGAAAUCUAAAGAAUUGAUCCAGCUAAUUAACACAAAGGAUCAGUUUAAGAAAAGUGCUCUUUUUGCACUUAAUCCACCAGGGAUUCUACAGGUAUUUCCCCCAAGCCAAGUUGCAAGCAUGACCACCAUGCAGAGGCUGCUGCAGCUGCCGGUCAACGCAGUGAACAUUGUGAAGACGGUGCAGAGUCAGGUCCAGGGCCAGGAGGAGGACAAGAGCCCUGUGCUGACCCCUGACAACGCACAGCAUUCCUGGUACAGCGCCCUGCAACCUGACGAGCUGCGACACCUCCGAUCUGGAGGUUCAGGUGGUGGAGGAGGAGGGGGAGACCACGAGGAGCGAGCACCACUGGAAGACGGUGGUGGAGGUGGCAGUUUCCAGAGUCAACCUUUGCGACACGACGACUUGAAGGAGAUGCUGGACAGCAACAAAGACUCCCUGAAGCUGGAGGCAAUGAAGCGGAUUGUAGCUAUGAUUGCCCGGGGUAAAAAUGCAUCAGAUCUCUUCCCUGCUGUGGUGAAAAAUGUGGCGUGUAAGAACAUCGAGGUGAAGAAGCUGGUCUACGUUUACCUGGUGCGUUAUGCCGAGGAGCAGCAGGAUCUGGCUCUGCUGUCCAUUUCAACAUUUCAGCGAGGGUUGAAGGAUCCAAACCAGCUGAUCAGAGCCAGCGCUCUGCGAGUUCUCUCCAGCAUCAGAGUGACGAUCAUCGUGCCCAUCAUGAUGUUGGCCAUCAAAGAGGCGGCCUCCGAUAUGUCCCCAUACGUCAGAAAGACAGCUGCUCACGCCAUCCCUAAACUGUACAGUUUGGAUCCAGAACAGAAGGACCAGCUGAUUGAAGUCAUAGAGAAACUCCUCGCUGACAAAACUACGCUGGUGGCAGGAAGCGUUGUCAUGGCUUUUGAGGAGGUUUGUCCGGAGCGCAUCGACCUGAUCCACAAGAACUACAGGAAGUUGUGUAACCUCCUGAUUGACGUGGAGGAGUGGGGGCAGGUCGUCAUCAUCAACAUGCUGACCCGCUACGCCAGGACCCAGUUCUUAAACCCAAACAUGAAUGAGUCUCUGCUGGAGGAGGGCAGCGGCGGAGACAAGACCUUCUACGGCUCGGACGAAGAUGAGGACGAUGAGGAGGAAGAGAAAGAUAAGAAGGAAGAGGCUCAUGCCAUGGCCAAGAGGAAGCCGUACGUGAUGGAUCCAGACCACCGACUGCUGCUUAGGAACACCAAGCCGCUCCUGCAGAGUCGCAAUGCUGCUGUGGUGAUGGCUGUGGCUCAGCUGUAUUUUCAUCUUGCCCCAAAAGCAGAGGUUGGGGUGAUUGCCAAGGCCCUGGUCCGUCUCUUGAGGAGCCACAGUGAAGUCCAGUAUGUUGUUCUUCAAAACGUAGCAACAAUGACCAUUAAGAGACGGGGGAUGUUUGAACCGUACCUGAAGAGUUUCUACAUCCGCUCCACGGACCCAACUCAGAUAAAAGUCCUCAAGCUGGAGGUCCUCACCAAUCUGGCCAACGAGACAAACAUUUCCACCAUCCUCAGAGAGUUUCAGACAUACAUUAAGAGCAUGGAUAAAGAUUUUGUGGCCGCAACAAUCCAAGCAAUCGGCCGCUGUGCUACCAACAUCGGCGAGGUCAGAGACACAUGUCUGAAUGGCCUGGUGCAGCUGCUGUCUAACCGAGAUGAGUUGGUUGUAGCUGAGUCAGUGGUGGUUAUUAAGAAGCUGCUGCAGAUGCAGCCGGAGAAGCACAGCGACAUCAUAAAGCACAUGGCCAAACUAACGGACAACAUCCAGGUGCCGAUGGCGCGGGCCAGCAUCCUGUGGCUGAUUGGAGAAUACUGUGAACACGUACCCAAGAUCGCCCCGGAUGUCCUGAGGAAGAUGGCAAAGUCGUUCACCAAUGAAGAGGACAUCGUCAAGCUGCAGAUCAUAAAUUUGGCUGCCAAGCUUUAUUUAACCAACUCGAAACAGACUAAACUGUUGACGCAGUACGUUCUCAACUUGGCCAAGUAUGACCAGAACUACGACAUCCGUGAUCGGGCUCGCUUCAUCCGCCAGCUCAUUGUCCCGACAGAGAAGAGUGGAGCGCUCAGCAAGUACGCUAAGAAACUGUUCCUCGCCCUCAAACCUGCACCAGUGCUCGAGUCUCCAUUUAAAGAUCGAGACCACUUCCAGUUGGGGUCAUUGUCCCACUUGCUGAAUGCCAAGGCUGGCGGCUACCAGGAGUUGCCUGACUGGCCUGAAGCCGCCCCAGACCCCUCCGUGCGCAACGUGGAGGUGAAGGAGUCUGUUUUUACGCUGCUUGAAAGAGUCACAACCUUAACGAGUGUGCCUGAAUGGACCAAAUGCAGCAGCCGUGAGAAGAGGAAGGAGAAGAAGGUGGAGAAGCCGUUCUACUCGGACUCAGAGGGCGAGUCGGGGCCAACUGAGUCGGCUGACAGCGAGUCAGACUCGGCCAGCGGCUCGGAAAGUGGCAGCGGCAGCGAGGAGAGCGGUUCUGGAUCAGAGAGCGAAGAAAGCGAGGAGGGCUCUGAGUCUGAGGAGGAGGAGGAAGAUGAGGACGAAAAGGACAAGAAGAAGAAGAAAAAGCAAGAAUUAAAGAAGCCGGUGCAAGAGAGCGAAAGUGAGCAGAGCAGCGAAGAAGAGAGGAAGCACCAGAGGAAGAUGAAACAAUGCAAGAGCGACACAGAGUCUGAAUCUGAGGAGGAGGACAGCGAGUCUGAGAGCAGCCAUUCCGAGUCUGAAGACUCUGAGUCUGAGGUGGAAGUCAAAAAGAAAAAAAAGGCAGCUGAAUCUAAACCUCCUUCGAAGCCUGUCAAGAAAGAAAGCAAGAAGGAGAAGAAAGAAAUGUCUCUGCUUGACCUUGAUGAUUUUGAACCCACUCCAUCUCCUCAAGUCACACCCGUCAACACCUUCCUCUCUAACAGCCUUGUGACCGACCUGGAGGGAUUAUCUUUGUCUGACGCCGUUCUCUCGCCUGCAACCAUCGCUCCCUCCAGUGCACUGAAGAGCUACGAGCUGCUGCACCGGAUCACAGGGGAGGGCCUGUCAGUGGAGUACUGCUUCAGUCGACAGCCGUUCAGCCCCGACGCCAACAUGGUGGCGGUGCAGAUGCAGUUCACCAACAACGCCACCUCUGAAACUAAGAACCUGCACAUGGAGGACGUGAAGCUCCAGUCCGGGAUGAGGGUCAAAGAGUUUCCUGAGAUUGAGCUGCUGCCAGCAGGAGAGACGGCCACAGCUGUGAUGGGCAUCGAUUUCUGCGACUCAACACAAGCAGCAAACUUCCAGCUGUGCACUCACACCAGGAAAUUCUUCGUGUCGAUUCAGCCGCCCGUCGGGGAGCUGAUGAGGCCCGUCUUCCUGACGGAGAAUGAGUUUAAAAAAGAGCAAGGUCAGCUGAUGGGUAUGAAUGAAAUCACGGAGAAGCUAACCCUGGACGUGAAAUGUCGGAACGAGCACGCCAUCGUCCAGAGGGUGACCACCGCCGCCAACCUCAGCAGAGUGCCCUGUGGUUCUGACAAAGAGUGCAGGUUCGCUGGCAGGACGGUGAACAGCAGCAGCUUGGUGCUGGUCACCGUGGCGACCAAAGAGGAAGGAGCGGCCCAGCUGACAGUCAACUGUGAGAAAAUGGUGAUCGGCACCAUGCUGGUGAAGGACAUCCUGCUGGCUCUGACGCAGUGACCUCUCCGCGCCUUCAUCCCGACACGCCUUCCACCGUAUCGUCCAUCACACCUGUAGCAACUCCUCCCAACUCCUCUGACCAACCAGUGAGGGAAGUUUCCCGAAUGUUUAAGUCCAGUUUGUUGUUUUUUUUGUUCAAGAGCCCUCGACUUUUAGGAACGACUCUGAUAUUUACUGAAUGCCACAGCUGUAGUUUAUAUUGUUGACAAUCAGACGUGACUGAUAUUUGACGUGAUACAACCUCCUCCUUUAUUUACAUUUUUAGAGUUUUAGUAUUUUCAACAUCUUUUCCUUUGUUUCAUCUGAUUUAUUUAAGUCUAGAUAAUAACUGAACAAUACCAUGGAUUUGCACAUCUUUUGAGACUUCCACCCUCGACUUUCUUUUCAAAAGCGUAAACAUUUUUUCAUUUCAACUCAAUUUUGCGGCCUUUAUCAGCACACAGAGUACUGGAAGUUCGGAAGUGUUUUUAAGUUGCACGUUUCAACAAAAUAGUGCAGCAACAAGUGAUGAACAUAAGAAAUAGAGAGGUGUUAAGAUCAGAAGAAUUACUACUUUUGCAGUCUCUCACUUGGACAAUAAAUAUCGAGAUAAAUAAAUAAAAUUACCUAACAAUUAAAAAGAUAAAAACAAAAUAAAUAAAUGUAAACAUAAAACUCAAUGCUCACUUACUCCAUGUGCUUAUGAAGGUCAUGAGAUGCAGUUUUUGCUUUUACGCUUCAAAAUGAGGUUCCCAAGUAGGAAAAUGUUUUCCUUUUAAAAGAUGGAUGCAUACAUUUUUCAGUAAUUCUAAUUUUAUGCUUUUUACUUACAUGUAUUUAUACACGUAGAUGAUCAAAGUAAGACUUUGUAUACAUUAGGCAAACAUUCCCUGGAAAAAAAAAACAACGUCAUCACAACGAAGGCAAAGUAGACUUUAAGAUCAGUGUAGUCGAUUCUCAUCCAAUCAUUUGAAGUCAUCAGAGUACCUCAACGUAGCAUGAAGGUCAACUAAAAAAACAAAAACAACGACCUAUAAACUCAGUCAUUUCAUUCUGGCCCAAAAUAUCUUCAUGAUCAAUAACGGAACAAUCCUAGGAGUCAAAUGUUGACGUUUCCUAUCUGUCAUCGUGCUCAUGUUCAUUCUUAUAAGUGAAGCAUUUAUAAAAGAGUGAAGAUGUAAAAAUGUUAUUGUAUGUACUGCAUCAUGUAGUACAGUAUCCUAUAAGUAAGGCGUGUGUGAGCCUGUGUGUGUGCGUGUGUGUGCAUGAUGACACUGAAAAUCAACCUAGUAAACAUUAACUAUCAGUUUUGACUCGAUAUCGUCAUGAAAGGAGUCAUAACCAUCAGUCCACUGGACAAGAAGUGAGAAGUUAUUUGUCUCUGGUGACAGCUUAAAUAAGAUCUAUCAAUAAUUAACCCAGCUUAUAUUUAAUUGGAAUUUUGUUUCUGACCGACCAACCCACAAAUGUGAUUGAGCUGCUGUGCAAAAUGUAGAAGACAGAUGAAAGAAACACAACAUCUAAGGCCUCAACUAACAAAAUUACUUAUUUAGAUGAAAAAAAAAACAACUUUUCAGAAUCUUUUGCAACUUUUUAUUAGAAUCAAUAUCUGAUAUCAAUUCAGCUUCAGAAUCGUUUUCUGUCCACUGGCUUAUUGUUUUACAAAGUAAACAUUUCAUAAUUUGUCCUUUCAACAGCCUGACAUGUGUUUCAGUAGGAGUAGUUGGACAUUGUAGGAGUCAAAUGUGCUUUCUUGCUGAGAGUAAACGUCUGUACUGUAGGCUUUAGUAGGAAGCAGGUAAGCUUAGCGUAUAAAUGAUCUAUUUUUACACUUUGUUUUUGUAGCUAUUAAAAACAUAAAAUGGAAUUUAUUUAGCUUCAUAAAUGAGGAAUUUCGUUAUUAUUAUUUUUUUCUUUAGACAGAUUCAAGCUAGCUCAUGUAGCUAACGCAGCUAAUUAACCACACAGGUACAGGUGGUGUCAAUCUGCUGAUCAGACUGUCAGCAAGAAAGCAAAGAGGCUAGCGUAAAACUUAAAAUAUAAGCCCAUCUAAUCUGAGGCCCCACUUUUACUAGCCUGGAGUUGCCACAUGUUUUCACAAAUUAAGGCAGCUCUCAAUUCAAGGCCCCUUUGAUUUUAUUGAUUGUGCAGGACACAAAAAUAAAGAUGAACUACAACAUCUGUCCAAGAAAGGCAGAUUACUGCUCGUGUGCACACAGGCCGUGAGGCAGGUUUGCGUACUGCAGGCCCAGUUCAAGAAGAAAAUGACUUAGGGUGCAACUAAAAACAAAGGAAGUGCAGCUACAGUGACUGGCAACACUGGGAUUAAAGGCACUAAAGGAUUCAAAUGUUACUUUCCCUGCUAAACCUCUGACUGUAAACAUGCUCAUGACUUAUAUUUCCAUGGUAAAUCUACAUAAAAAUGAUUGUUUCCUUUCAUCACAGACAGGUUUCAGUUGGUAAGAUUUAUCUUAUAGUAACACUAUAGAUGAUAACUCAAGGACUGCUUAUGAUCACGUCGAACAUUUUCAAAUUGCGUGUUGCCUUCGUCUCACUCUAUUAGUCAUUCUCAUGCCUUUCUUUAAUAUUAUGAUUUAUGGCCAUGUGGCUCAUUUUUUUGUUACGUGUCCGGUGGCUGCAUGUUUCCUAUCUGUUCAUUUAUUUCUUCUAUUUUUUGUUUUGUUUUUUACUUUCAGAAAAUGUUACAGCUGUGUUGACCAAAGGAGUAUAUUAUAGUCAAGCUUCAUAAACAACGAGCAGCAGCAGCAGCAGCAGCAGCAUCAUUGUAGGCCUGUUAUGACCUUGUUGCAUUGUUUACAAUGAAACCUCUCACACUUAAAGUCUCCGCAGCAGGCCGUCAUGAAGAAUGUAAAGUUAGAAAUUCUACUUUUAAUGUUAUAAAAAAAAAAGGGUUAAAACUCUCCACUGGAAACAUGUUUUAUCUGCAUCUGCUUUCAAAUAUCCAAAGUAUGGUUUAUGAUACUCCGUGUGUGGUUGUGAAUUGUGGUUCUGAAGUAUUACAAGUUUAUUUAUUAUACAAAUAAAAAAUACAGAAACAUG